UUUGGAACCAGGAGGGGCUGGGGGAGGGGAGCCCCCGCCGUCCUUUCUGCUUCCCCAGUCUGAGGAGAAUGAGCCGCGUGUUUCGGAACUGGAGCUCGAACCGCCGAACUGGCGGGAGCUCGUCGGCCCCGAUACCCUCCUCAGGCUGAAGAAAAGUGAAGUGAAGCGGCAAGAGGUGAUCAACGAGUUGUUCAUCACAGAGCAUGCCCACGUGCGAAUGCUGCGGGUGCUGCUGGAGGUCUUCUACCAACCUCUGCUGACCGAAGGCUUCUUUGGGGCCACUGACCUGGAAAACAUCUUCCCCAGCUUAGAAGACUUGGUCGAUGAACACA